AUGCUGUACCAAUUCAACGACCUAUACGUCGCUCCCUAUGUUUGGACAAAGGGGAUCGAUGGUGGCACCAUCGACAGCAAAUCUGGCAUCAUCCCGACGGACAGAGUGCCCGAUACCACGAAGCUGGAGAAUGCAUUGAGACCCACCGAAACCGUCACUCUCCGUCGCAAGAGCUGGAAAUAUGCGAACCGAGACGAGUUUGAGUCCUGCAUGACGAAACAAGACCAUAUUCUCCGGACUCUGACCAUGCACCCUUAUUUCAGGACGCAUGCCACAGAGUCUCUGUGGAUAAGCUGCUCGACUCAGGUCAAAUAA